AUGACUUGUCAUCAGCUUGUCGAACAUGAAUAUUACUUUUUCUUGGAUGGAUACUCAGGCUACAAUCAGAUUGUAGUAGACCCCAAAGACCAAGAGAAGACUUCCUUUACUUGUCAUUAUGAUGUCUUUGCAUAUAGGAGAAUGCCCUUUGGAUUGUGCAAUGCACCUGCCACAUUCCAAAAGUGCAUGCUCUUCAUAUUCUCUAACAUGAUUGAAAGGUUUAUUGAAGUGUUUAUGGAUGACUUUUCUGUAUUUGAUGAUUCAAUUUCUAAGUGCUUGCACCACCUUGCCUUGGUGCUAAGAAGAUGUCAAGAAACCAACCUAGUUUUAAAUUGGGAAAAGUGCCAUUUCGUGGUCACUGAAGGGGUGGUUCUUGGUCACAAGAUCUCCAAAAGAGGCAUAGAGGUGGACAAGGCUAAGGUGGAAGUAAUUGACAAGUUACCUCCACCUUGCAAUGUCAAAGCAAUUAGAACUUUCUUGGGGCAUGCUAGAUUUUAUAAAAAGUUUAUUAGAAAUUUUUCAAAGAUUUCCAAACCUCUAAAUAUAGCCAAUUUCAAGGCCAUUGGAGAGCUACCCACCAACAUCAAUAAACACAUGAGGAGAAAGUUAAUCAAUGAUGCUAAUCAAUUAAGAAGGUGUAUUUCUCAUGAGGAAGGACAAGAGGUCCUUUGGCAUUUCCAUGGAUCUAGUUAUAAAGGACAUUUCAGUGGAGAAAGGACUGCCGCCAACGUACUGCAAUGUGGCUUCUUUUGGCCUAUAAUAUUCAAAGAUGCUAAAGAGUUGGUGACAAGGUGCAAUGAAUGUCAAAGAGCUGGAAACCUACCCAAGAAAAAUGAGAUGCCACAGAGGUUCAUCAUGGAGUUGGAGUUGUUUGAUGUAUGGGAGAUUGAUUUCAUAGGACCAUUCCCACCUUCAUACUCAAACAAUUACAUAUUGGUGGCUGUGGAUUAUGUGUCAAAAUGGGUAGAAGCUAUAGCUACUCCAAUAAAUGAUAAUAAAGUAGUGAUCAACUUCUUGAGAAAGAACAUAUUCAGCUGGUUUGGGGUUCCCAGAGCCCUUAUAAGUGAUGGGAGAACUCAUUUUUGCAACAAGCAACUUGAGACACUCCUCCUAAAAUAUGGUGUCAAGCACAAGGUAGCAACCCCAUAUCAUCCACAAACCAAUGGUCAAGCUAAGAUUUCAAAUAGAGAGCUCAAGAGAAUCCUUGAGAAGACUAUUGGGAACUCAAGAAAGGAUUGGUCCAAGAAGCUAGAUGAUGUACUAUGGGCUUAUAGAACAGCUUUCAAGACACCUAUUGGCAUGUCUCCAUACCAAUUGGUGUUUGGAAAGGCUUGUCAUCUACCAGUGGAGCUUGAACAUAGAGCAUUUUGGGCUCUAAAGAUUUUAAACUUUGACAAUCAAGUUGCUGGGAAAAGAAGACUACUACAACUCAAUGAGCUAGAAGAAUUCAGAACUCAAGCCUAUAAAAAUGCCAAAAUCAACAACGAGAAAACAAAGAAAUAG